CCUAUAGCUUUGUACAGUGCAGAACUGCAGGGACUGGUGUAUAUUGCCUUUAUAUAUACAGACAAAUUACUGAGCUCCACUCUCCGCUUUGGGGGCACUCCAGAUGAGAGGUCUCAUCUGGAAAACAGCUGCUCUUUGGCUGACCUAGGAGUAAGAACCAGUGUGUACUAGUACCAGGCUCUGCCCAAGUAUACUUCCAGAAGAGAGCGACAUCCUCAACUAAUAGGUACAGCCGGGGUCCAGGAUGAAGACGUAUCUUUCAGUCUAUUAUCUCAUUCAAUUCUGUGGCCAUUCUUGGAUCUUUACAAAUAUGACAGCCAGGCUUCUUUUCUUUGGAAAAGAUUCUUUUGCAGAUACAUUCUACACAAUUGGGCUGGUGAUGCAGGUGUGCCAGUUACUGUCUGUCCUGGAGAUACUACAUGUUGUGUUUGGUAUAGAACAACAAUCCAUUCUACCAAAGUUUUUACAGGUAACAGAGAGACUAGUCAUCUUGUUCGUGGUCAUCAGCAGCCAGGAAGAGGUGCAGAGCAAGUGUAUAAUCUGUGCACUCUUCUUUCUGUGGAACCUGUGGGAUGUAAUCAGAUACCCAUACCAUCUGUUGUCAGCUGUAGGAAUAGAUUACCCAGUUCUGACAUGGCUCCACCAUACAUUGUGGAUUCCAGUUUAUCCUUUGUCACUGGUGGCUGAAGUAUAUACAGUCUAUGAAUCACUUCCAUAUUUUGAAACUCUUGGCACAUUUUGCUACAAGAUGGCACUGCCAAUUGCUGUGUCAAUUCACUUUCCAUACAUUCUAAAAGUAUAUGAGGUCUUUCUACCUGCAGGGAUGCUGUACACAUGCAGCCAUUUACUUUCAGAAAGGAAAUGUUAUCUCAAACAAAGACAUGCAAAGUUAAAAGUGAAGUAAUAAUCACAAGGUUACUUCCUGACAUGAAGAUCUGAAGUUCAUUCUCUGCCUACAACAGCAGGAUCUGCCUUGCAUGCUGCCACGCAAAUCUCUUAUACUGACUGAACCUAAAAUACUGACUGAAACUAACUCUAAAGUUAAGACUCAAACACAAAAGUAUCGGCUAUGAAAGCAGAGAUGGAGUAGGGUUUCUGGGAGCAGGUGGUUGUCAGAUGAUCUGUCAAACGUGUCUCCUCCACUGCAAUGUGCUUGCAUAUUGCUGGUAUUAAGAAGAAUGGGCCAACUAGGUGCAACGUAGUGCAUAGUCUUCUUCCUGUUCUAUCUGUAAUGCCUACAGUUAAUACAAUUAAAUUGGGGUAUAUAGUUUGAAAUUGCAAUUAGAACUGCAUUGUAUUAUAAAAGUAUUAUCAGAAUGACAUUUAUUUAAUUGAAAAAAAAAAGAAAAAAAGUCACAUCAUAUCUUACAUAAACACCGAAAAAUAGUAUCUUUUUUUUAGACCUUUAAAUAGUGUUUUUUUCCGUUGAUCAUAAACAAAGUGUAGUUUUCUAAGCAUUCUUAUUUUCUUCUAAGUGUGCAUUUACUACGGUAUAAAACUGUAGUCUUACUGGGAAGCUGUGCCCCUGCUUAGCAGAACACAGUAAAUUGUGUAUUCACAACUAACAAAUAUGAAAAGUCUGAUGAGAGGACACAUUAUUACAUUCUGCUGUAUGUCAUGACUGGCACAGCAAGCGAAUUUCCUAUUGAACAGUGGUGUGGCUAGCAGGUAAGAGAGCAGCUCAGAAACACUAACGCUGUAUGCCCACAUCCGAAUAGGUAUAUAUAGGCACAUGUCUACUCUACAGAGAGCAAGAAAUGCCAUGUCAUAGUUUUGGAAAGUAGGCCUGAUUCAUAUUUCUAAGUAAAGCAAAAAAGCAAGCAACGGGACAAAACCAUGUUGGGCUCUGGGAUUCGGGUGGGGUGUGUUCAAACUAUAAUCUACAGAUGUGUCCAGAUAUGUUGUUGCUUUGUACAUGUACAGCAGCGUUUCAUAGCGUAUGCAUCCCGGUAUGUUGCGAUUAUUCGCAGCCGCAAGCUCCUCUAUUGGAAAUAAUGGAUAGCGGGAGCUUGCAUAUGCGCGCUACUCAUAGCCAGAUUAAGGGGGGGAUGCAGGGUAUACUGUACCCCGGGCCCCCCUUUAUCAUGGGGCCCCCCAGCCAGAGCACACUGACAUCACUAGCUUUCCCUCUUAAGCAGCAGCAGAGCCAGCAGCCAGAAUGCGAGCAGAACAGUAUGCAGUGCAGGUAGAGACACAGGAAUAUGAUGUUUCAUGAGCUACCAACGGAGCUUUCUGACCAGAGGAGAGAUAGAAGGGUGGAGAGAGCUGUAAGUGACACAGGAGGGAUCCCAGCUUCUCCUCCCUGCCUGGGUGUCUGGGUCCUGUGUAAACUGUUAUGCAACUAAACCAUUUGGGUCUAGAGAUAGAGACACACACAAGGAGUCAUCCUAAAUUCUGUCCCAGUGUGUAAGUAGUACAUAGGCUGCUGCUAUUCUUGCAUGUGACAAGAUAAAUGUAUUUAUUUUUCUAUGUGUAUUUUAAGGUUAAGUUGUCUUUGUUCCACUACAAGAAAAGUUUAUAAAAUAGUUGUCUUUCAAUUAGAUGGAGCUAUAAACAGUACCCAGGCAUUAUUAAACAAUUAGUUAAAUCUAAUAUACACCAUUGGUUUAAAUUUAAUACACACAAUCUAUACCUCCCACCGUGACCCAUUCCAGGAGGGACAAAAUGCUCUCUGCAUGGACUUCCCUCUUAAUUUAUGAUUGCAAUCACCUGUGUUGAAGUACCUUUCUUCUCAAUUAAAUAGUUCAACACAGGUGGCACCAAUCAUAUGUUAAGUGGGAAGUCCAGGUAGAGAGCAUUUUGUCCCUCCUGGAAUGGGACAUGUUAGGAGGUAUGCACAAUUUAAUCUACAUCCCGCACCUUCCAUCGGGUCCCCCUGUCUUUAGUGCCCCGGGCAUCCCCAAUGCUUAAUCCAGCCCUGGCGCUACUCGCUAUACACACCGCAAUUUAACAAUGUAACCGGACACAUCAAUAAAGUGCAGAAUAAAAAUAAAGCUGGCUAACAUUUGCGGAGUGCAUGCAAAAGUAGUUCUGUUCCAGACACAAAGUUACAUGUUUUUUUGCUUUGCUUACAAACAUGAAUCAGGCCCAAUAUGUGAAAUAUGUAAGGAAAAAAAAAAAAGCACAAAUGUACUCGUUAUACAACAAAUUUUAAGCUCUGGUAAACAAGACAGAUUUUAGCAUUGUUCCUGCAUUAUCAGCAGUUAUCAACAUGAAGAAUAAGUUAUCAGAAGUUUCAUUACUCUUAUCUGUGGAUGAUCUCUAUUGUACAGCAGAGUACCUACUGUACAUGCAGGACUGCAGUCUGCUGGAGACCUGACAACAAUGAACUAUCCCUUGUGUUUACAAUUGUGCACUGGGAUAAGUUUUCAAGUCUAUGUCCAUUGGAAAAUUUAUUUGCUUGUAUUCUGUACAUGACUAUAAUAAAAGCAAAACUGUUCACUGUA